AUGGAUCCCCCGCCCACAAAAGGUGUGGCUUUUCAAGAGCCAGACGACAGCAUAUUCGAUUCCCCGUCCGCCGCCGAAGAAAACAUCCUCUCCACCCACGCGGCAACUACCAUUCUCUCCUCCUUCACAUCCUUCCUCACCCUCACCAUCCACACCCUCCUCCACCACCGCAACCUCUACCCCUCCACGACCUUCAUCCUCGUGCGCGCCCUCAACCUCUCCGUUUAUCAGUCCCGCCACCCCGCCGUCUGCGCCUGGGUCAACGCCGCCGUGUCCUCUCUUGUCCCGCAUCUGCGCGCGGGCACCCUCGCCAAGGUGGUCUUCUCCAUCCACGCCGGUGAGACUCUAGACGUCCAGGAGAAAUGGGUCUUUGACGUGAGUCAUCUCCCCCAUGACUGGGGCGAGGAAUUUGACCCCGCCGCCGCCGCUGGCGCUGGCGCUGCCGCUGAUGGCGAGGAACUGGAAGAAGAGGAGGUGCCCAUGGUGGAUAUUAACGAGACGUACCGCGGUGCCUUGCAGAGGAUAGCCCUCAAGGCAGAGAAGCUACCGCCUCCGCCCAAGGGAAGCACAUUCACCCUCGCCUUGGAACUCAGAGAUGACGCUCCGGCGCCAAUAGGGCAUCCCCAGCCAUGGAUCCCUGUGCAGAAGCACAAAGGCAAAGAGCCGGUACAAGCACAAAGAGCAGUGACAACACCAAUACGCGCCGUCCAUGCCGGUCCUAUCUUCUUCGAAUGCUGGGUCGAGCAAAUAGACACUAGUAAACGUACACCGUCAUAA